ACGACACCCUAUUGUGCUGCCUCGCUCACCCGCUCGCUCGCUUGAUCGCUGAGUUGUGUCAUGCCUUCUCUGCCGCUGUAUGUCCCGCUCGGACCCCUACUCCUCCGUUGCAACUCGCUGGGUCGCAUUGCCAGGAAGACCAGGAAGACUGUUACCCGCCUUGGUCCGAAUCCCCGCGUUUUUGGGUUUCCAUCGAUCCCGUUUCUGGCAAAUUCUGCGGCAUAUUGCGGGCCGUAUUGGUGAUUUUUGGAGGUUUGCGGGGGGUGCAGGCGGGGUUUCGUGAGCAAUUGUGAGGGUUUGUGUGAGGAAUUCGAGUAAUGGAAGUGGACUGAUUGGAAAAGACGGCGCAUGUGAAGCAUCCAGUGAGCAUUGGGAGAGUUUUGAGUGUUUUUUUAGACUCCCCCUCACUCCUCUGUCGGUUUUAAGCUUAAUUUAAUUUUGAACAAAAACCGUGUGGAAAUCCUUAGUUGUGGUUUGCUUUGAACUUUGUAGUUUGUGUUGAGCUUGGGAAGAGUUUCAACGUUUAGCCUUUGUUUUUUUAUUUCAGUUGUAGUUAUUGACCUGGUUGGAGGGAGUUAAAUUGAGGGUUGAGUGUUUCAAGUUACUGGUAGGGUUUCAUCAGAGGAGUGUAGGCAGAUUAAGUAAUUUGGAGGUGGCGAGGAGAUGGACGCCUAAGGAUUGAGUGGAAUGAGUGUUAUGAUCGGAGGUCGAUUGUGUAGUGAUGAUGCUUGAAGCGCAUUGAAAACUCUGCAGCUGACCUAGGGUUUCUAUCAAUUUCAGAGUUUAGGGGCUGAUGAUUGUGCAAAUUGAGUGAUAUCUUUUGAUAUUGAGCGUAGCAGUGAGUUACAUCAGAGUUGCGACUUGUGAAGAUAUUCUGAAAGGGAUUAUUGUGUAAUUGUUUUUAGCCGUGAAGGGAUGCAGUUACCUCUAUGUCUGUGAUACACAUGGAGAUGAUAGAGCCCGGGUCUACACGUCACAGAGCUUAUGCCCUAGGAAUUGUGUCUCUAGGGUAGCUUAGGCCUUGCAAACUACUGCUGCCGGUUGCUCGUCUACAAUGCAUGAUUUGGAGCAUGUGUCAGGGAGAGAGAGCUCAUUAAGAAGACGGCAUUUUUCUAGGAAGGAAUAUGACUGAUGCAACGGCAAUCGGAACGGAGACGAUGGAGGAGAUUGAUUUGGAAAUUGGACCAGGGUACGACGAUGCAACGCACUUCGACCCUGGGGCAACCCAAAAUCUGGCACUCAUCGCUGUAAAUGAUCAUGGAAUGAAACCAACCCCGCGGAAGAAGAAAAAAGUGGUGAAGAGGUGGCGCGACGAGUGGGCAGAGACAUACAAGUGGGCUCACGUUGCAGUUCACGAGGGCUCUCAUCGCAUAUUUUGCUCUGUAUGCAAGGAAUAUGGACGGAAGCAUCGACGUAAUCCUUACGGUAAUGAAGGCAGCCGCAACAUGCAGAUGAGUGCUCUUGAGGAGCACAAUAACAGUCUGCUGCACAAGGAAGCUCUCCGCCUGCAAAUGGCUUCCCGCGACAAAGGAUUGGGAUUUAUCGAGCGGCCUCUCUAUGUAAAGGAUAUUUUGAGGCAAUGUACAAACGAAGGCUAUUUUCAACAAACUCUAUCCUCGUCGAUCUUGCGGCGGGAUCCGUAUGAAGUUGAAUUUAUACAAUCGGUUCAAGAAGUUUUACAUUCAUUGGAGCCUGUUCUUGCGAAAGUUCCGCAGUAUGUACAUGUGUUAGAGCGACUGGUGGAGCCUGAGAGGGUGGUUAUUUUCAAAGUUCCUUGGGUGGACGAUAAGGGAGAGGCACAUGUGAACCGUGGCUUCAGAGUUCAGUUUAAUCAAGCCCUUGGUCCUUACAAAGGCGGCCUUCGCUUUCACCCAACUGUCAAUCUCAGCGUCGUGAAGUUCCUUGCUUUUGAGCAGACACUGAAGAACUCGCUAUCAUCACUCAGCUUGGGUGGCGGUAAGGGGGGCAGUGACUUCAAUCCGAAAGGAAAGAGUGAGAAUGAGAUCAUGCGGUUCUGUUAUAGUUUUAUGGAUGAACUGUACAGGCACAUUGGACCCAAUCAAGUUCCCAUCUUUGAUACUCCAUCAGGAGAUAUUGGUGUUGGACCACGUGAGAUCGGUUAUCUAUUUGGCCAGUAUAGGCGCCUGACUAGUCAAUAUGAGGGUAUGUUAGGUCCUAAAGGCAUUCAAUGGGGCCUGUCAAAUCUGCACCCAGAGGCUACUGGUUAUGGCGUGGUGUAUUUUGCCAAGGAAGUUCUUGCCAAUUUAGAGAAAGAUUUGAAAGAUCUCAGGUGUGUUGUGAGUGGUGCCGGGAAAGUGGCAUUAUAUGCAGUGGAGAAACUGAUUGCAUUUGGUGCUGUUCCUAUUACAAUCUCAGAUACAAGAGGUUACCUUUUAGACGAAGAUGGAUUUGAUCGUACCAAGCUUGGGCUCAUUCGUGAAAUAAAAGCUCACAAUAACAGCCUGGGGGAAUACACCAAACUUUACCCAAGAGCAAAGUAUUUUGACGACAUGAAGCCCUGGACAGUGAAGUGUGAUAUUGCUUUUCCUUGUGCAACACAGAAUGAGCUGAAUCAUGCUGAUGCCAUGUCUCUCAUUAAUCUUGGAUGUCAAGUUAUUAUAGAAGGGGCCAACAUGCCAUGUACAGCUGAGGCGAUCGAUGUAUUUCGGAAGUCAAAAGUCUGGUUUGGGCCUGGAAAGGCUGCAAAUGCUGGUGGGGUAACUAUUCAAGGUUUGGAGAUGGCACAAAACACAUCCUAUGUUCAGUGGACAGCUGAAGAAGUUGACAUGAGAUUGCAAGAGGUCAUGAGGGAUAUACAUCAAAAGAUUAUCAAGGCUGCCCAAGAUUAUGGAAUUGGCAAUCCAGAGGCACUACUUCACGGUGCUAAUAUUGCAAGUUUUCUACGUGUUGCUCAAGCAAUGUUGGAACAGGGCUGCGUUUGACGCUAUGCCAAUUCCAUAUAUGCACACACCCUUCUCUGGAUUACGAUUGCUCCCUUAACCUAUCAGUAAUUGGUGAUGGUGCUAUUGUUUCAGCAAGAGAUGUUUGCGGUUUUCAAACAAGCAUAAGGUUUAUAAGUUGUGAUCUGAGGGUUAAGAUAAAGUUUACAAACUUAGCUGUGCAAAUAGGAAAACGUGUGAAGAGGGGUUGGUUUCCUGAAGAGAAGUGAUCACUCUGGAGAUUGCAAACCCCGAUAGUAAUUUACUGUGUGCAUUAUGUUAGGCUAGGAGAGUACAGUUUCUGGGUUCAAUAUAUGAAGAGCACAUUCCAUUUGAAUGUGAAUUCACUUCAGUCAGUCCCUAGGAUAGUUCAAGACAAUUAAGGAUGAAGUUUGACCAACGGUUGGUAGGGUGGAAGAUGUAUAAGUGUGCAGAUUCCUAGACGUCACAAGGAAUCAACUAGUGAUACUCUUAUCCAAUCAGGUAUUUAAUCGGUCAUUGGCGUAGAUAUUGAAGCAAUAGGUCCUAGGUAAUUGUUGUAUAUUCACCAAUUGAAAGCAAGAACAAGUCUUCAUACUGAUGGCAGGAUAUAAUCCCAUCCCCUAGUUACGGAUGGAAAUGUGGCAUUUAGCAUGGUUUAGCAUUACAAACAGUAAUAUUUGUGAACUCAUGUGUAGAUUUAUUA